UGGUUUGUGAUUUCUGCAGAAACAGACCUAUAUAAACUCAAAAAAAUAGUUCAACAACCAAUUGUGUAAAUAUUUAAAUAAAAAUUAAAAAAAGUUGAGUAAUUAAACUUACCAGAUGAAAUAACUUAGGGAUAAAGCCGACAAUGGAAAAUUAACAAUGACUAAGCUUUUGCACACCACCUAUAAUCUAUAAUCACACAAUUCAAACAAAAAACUGAGUGCAAAGCAAACCGUGCACAGUUGGCAACACAGCCAAUGACGAAAACGAGAUAUCUGUGUAUCGAAAUAUGCGUAGUAAACCCCAAGGCAGAGUGUUUUUAUACGGUGUGCUAUCUUAAAGUGUUCUAUAUUGAAUAAAAGGCUGUUUUUAGGGCUAUUGUAUUUUAAAUCGUUGUUGAAUUUCGGUCAUUUGUGAUUACGCUGGCGAGAUACCAGGGAUCAUGAAGGCCAUCGUUAUUUUCUUUGCUCUUGUAGCUGUAGUCAGCUGCUCCGACGAAUGUUACAGGGAUGUCGUUGCUACUUGUAGCAAUACCUUAUCUAAACAACAAGGCGUACUAACCCAAUGUGACGCAAAAUACGGCGCCAUCGAAAACUUGGAAGGCGACCUUCAAAGAUUUGCCAACUCUCUUCUCUACAGAUCGUUCGAUUUCCUACUUAUGGCCACUCACUACGGAAACUACAUCAAAAAUCGUGCUGGUUUCGAAAAACUUUUCAGAGGCCUCUCUGACGACUUAUGGGACGACGGAAUCAACACUAUCAAAUAUAUGACUAAACGUGGUGCUAGAAUGAACUUCAACAAUAUUGCAUCUGAACUUGAACAAGAGAAGCCUUCUCUUGAACUCUUCGAGUUGCAAGCCAUUGGUAGGGCUUUGGAUAUCGAAAAGAAACUGGCCAAAGAUGCUUUUGACUUGCACAAGGCAGCUUCUGGACACAAAAAUGACCAUCACGAUCCAGAAGUCGCCCAUCACCUGGAAGAAAAGUUUAUGGAAAAACACAGGGAUGCGAUCAGAACUUUGGCUGGACAUGCUAAGGAUCUUAGUAGCUUGUUGGACGGACCUGAUGCUUCUUUGGGUCUUUAUUUGUUUGAUGAUUAUUUGCAAAAAUAAAUAUAUUUAUCAGUGAUAGUAAUAUUAAUUUGUUAAGAUUUAAGUAGUUUCGUUUUCAAAGUUAUCUUUUAAUUUUUUUUUUAGUAUUUGAUGUAUGAUAAUAUAAACACCCUUGUGAUGUUAUAGUUCAGAAUAUUUUGAAGAAGUAUAGAAAAAUAAUAAAAUACCUUUUGUUGUUUUUUAUUAUUAUAAAAUUCCCUGUCAUAUUG